UUUGGUCCAUUUUGAGACAUUUGCUUGUAGUAGCAACAAAGAUAUGGGUGAACUUCAUCUUCCCAUGCCGUCAUACACUAUUGACAACAAUAGCCUCCAUAACUCUUCCCUAGGUUGGGAUCAUAAUUUCCACAGCCUUGGAGUUCUCAAUAAGGACAUCAUGUCUUUAGUCAUGGAAGGGAAUUAUUCUACACCGUUUUUGUCUCCCUUAGGCUCGGAACAAGAAGACGAUUUCUCGACGGGCUACUUGGAAGAUGCUUUGGUCGAAUUCAGUGAGCGGUCCAAGAGAAGACGUUUGUUGCUGUUUAGCGAUGAAGAGAUCAUGAAUAUGAGAGACUCCAAUUUUCUUCCUCGGGGUCUCUGGAACACGUCCAACUGGGAAUUGUCGGAGGAUUUCAGUUUCACGAGUCACAUGACUACUUUUAAUGAACUCUCAGGUGGGCCAAUUUCGACGUCAGUAUGCAGCGUGCUGGGAGAAGAGGCAAACAUGGUCAUGACCGAAAUGAAAACACCGGAAGAAGAAAAAUCCUUCUCUGAAAUUAUUGAUUCCUCGCCUUCUUCUUCUUCAUGCAAAGACUCAGCCGAUACCAAGUCCAUUAUUUCUGACAAGCAAGCUCUAUUUUCCCUAGACCUUCCUGGGAGCGAAAAGAGCCGGAAGAAGAGGCCGGCGGUGAUAACGAGGGUGGUGUACCCGUUCGCAGUGGUGAAGCCGGGAGGAAGGGAAGGCGAUGUGACGUUAAACGACAUAAACGAGCGAAUACUGAUGCCGCCGACAAGGCCUGUGAGGCAUCCGGUGGGGGACUUUGCAUGUCGGCCAUGCGUGUCCCCCCAUGGCCCAGGCCUUUCUGGGAAAGCUGUUGUUGCACUCACCAGGAUUCAUACUCAAGGCAGAGGCACUAUCACCAUUAUUAGAACUAAAGGUUGAUUAGCUAGGCCAUGUUACAUAUAUAAAAAGCUUUUUCUUUAGUAUUUUCUGCUUUGAAAUGUACAUAUAUGAGCAAAAGAUAUGAGAGAAUGGAUGUACUA